AUGCCCCAAAACCCCAAAUUUGCCUACGAGGCAAAUGAACCUGCCUUUCUACAAAGGCUUCGGGGCCAAUACGGUGGUGAUACAUCCGGUCGCCUGGAGCGACCUGCCGCGCGACCUAAAAAGCUUAAGGAUCCCAAGGAGGAAGAGGAUGAUGAGCCUGUAUAUCUCGAUGAAGAGAGCAAUGAAGUGAUCACCAAGGAAGAAUAUAAAGCGCUGGUCGAACCUCCCAACGAUGAGACCAGCUCAGAGGGCGCAAGCACAGCCGAGGGAAACAAGAAGCCAGCUGAACCAAUUGCUAAACAGAGUAACCUCACUGAAGUUGGGGGACAGAGAAAGCGAAAACAGGUCAAGGUAGUGGGCGAGGAGGAGGAGAAUAGGCCGGAUGAAGCACCUACGGUACAAGAAAAACCUAAGAAAACCAAGAAAGCAAAGAAAAUCAAGCUUUCCUUUGAUGAGGAGUGA